UGAUCCGAAUUCUGCAUGUUAUCGCAGGACUUGUCAGGCUGUGAUUGGCCGAGAGCGACAGUCGUGUUUGAAAGUGACUGUAUCAUCGAGUCAGUCAGUAUCCGAGGACGGAGACACACAAAGAUGGAGAUAAUUCACGGUGUCCAGGUUCUAGUGAAGUCCGUGCUGUUUGUGCUGCUGUGGUGUCAGUGUGAGGGCAGAGACUCGGAGCUCAGCUAUGUGACCUGCGGCUCGCUGGUCAAGCUGCUCAACACCAGACACAACGUCCGCCUGCACUCCCACGAUGUCAAAUACGGCUCAGGUAGCGGGCAGCAGUCUGUCACUGGUGUGGAAAAUGCAGACGACUCAAACAGCUACUGGCAGAUUCGGGGGAAACCAAACCGUCCGUGUAAGCGAGGAGUUGCCAUAAAGUGUGGCGAGGCCAUCCGGAUCACGCACAUGAAGACGGGCCGAAACCUGCACUCACACCGCUUCAACUCGCCGCUGUCCAAUAACCAGGAGGUCAGCGCCUUCGGAGAGAGCGGAGAGGGCGAUGACCUGGACGUGUGGGCGGUGCAGUGUGACAACGAUCACUGGGAGCGGGACGAGGCCGUGCGCUUCAAACACGUGGGCACCGACGUCUACCUGAGUGUGACGGGCGAGCAGUACGGACACCCGAUCCGAGGCCAGCGCGAGGUGCACGGCAUGAAAUCGGCCAACCAAAACAACUGGUGGCGCUCCAUGGAGGGCGUGUUCAUCCAGCCCAGCCAGGAGCCGCUGCGCCACGACGAGCUCUGAUGUCUUCACUUGGAGACACGUGACUUCAUCUACUCUCGUGGUGAUUUUACAGCUCACCGGGACCAAACAAUUUAAAAUAUUAGACUGACGACUGAUCGCUGUACAUGCGAGGAUCUCAGGGUGAUCAGGGACACUUUACCUGAGACGAUCUGUCAGACCACUCUCACUCCCAAAACUUCAAAUAUGGCUGCUUCAUCACAAUCCCCACGCUUCAAAACACGACUCUGUAGGUUCCUCUUCUAGUUUUAAUUCUUUGUGUGCUGUGAAAAUCAGGUUACUUAGUAGGGUGAAAAAAAGUGGAAAGGUAGGAUUGGUUGGAUGAGUCAUACACAGGACGUUCAACCAUCAAUGUUUUUUUUUUUUUUUAAAGUUGACACAAACGUGACCAUCAAGACUUAACCCCUUCUUUGUAAUAGUAAUCUAAUAAAAAGAUAAAAUGGGAUUUCUUUUUCUCAACAAGUUUUAUUUAAAAAGUCUAAUGUGUGGGGCGCAGAUGGCCAAGUGAUCGCACCCCAAUGACGGAGGUAUAGUGCUCCAAGCGGGCGGCCCGGGUUCAAGUCCUACCUGUGUGUCCUUUCUGGCAUGUCACUCCCAGACACUCUCCUGAUUUCCUUCUCUGUCCCCUGUCCUAUCUAAGAUAAAGGCAAAAGGUUAAAAAAAAAAAGCUUAAGUUUUCCAAAAUAAUCUCUCCUAACUUUCUCCAGAAAGUAAGAGCGACCAACGCAAAAAUAUGAUUCUUCUCUGGUUCUUUUAUUUAGAGGUUUGUGCUUGAAGAAUGUUUUUUUCUGUAUACUUCACAGCUUCCAAAUAAAAUCUUCUUAUUUA